AUGUCUUUGGACAAUGGAGUGAUGUAUCCAAUGGAUCCGCCCGUUGGAUAUAUUCGCAACCCGGGUGAGCCGUACGAAGCCACAAGUUUAAUCACUGCCAUAUCUGUUUUCCUUCCGCUGGCUGUAAUCACUACAGGUAUACGCGUAUAUAUGAGAACAACUGUUGCUGGCGGCUUGGCAAAGGAUGACUAUUUGAUGGUUGGUUCUGUUUUCUUCGCUGCUGUGGUCAUGGGACUCUCAUUAGAUAUGCUAGACUAUGGGCUGGGGAAGCAUUUCUGGAAUGUGCCAGUUGAGCCUGAUCUCUACCCAAACUGGCUCAUGCGAAAUGUCCUUGCCGCAUCCAUUCUCAACUUCUCGACAGCCCUAGCUAAAGGAUCAAUUUUACUUUUCUACCUACGGAUUUUCACCACAAGGGGCAUGCGACGCGCAGUUUGGAGUGUGUUCACUUACACGAUGUGCUAUUCUUUCGUCGGUGCCUGUGUCACUAUGUUCGCAUGCCAGCCCAUUGAAGCAUCAUGGAACUUUCAGGCCUCACUGACCGCCAAAUGCGUCAACCUUCCGGUCUGGUAUUUCGUGUCCGCCGGGCUCAACAUAUCCUGUGACAUCGCGACUUUACUGCUUCCACUGCCAAAGUUGAGGUCACUGCAAAUGCCACGAAAGCAAAAGAUCGGCGUGGCCUUAAUCUUGACAAUGGGUACCUUCGUCUGCGUCAUCGCCAUAAUUCGCCUAUCUUCCCUGUAUGCACUACUGGCCGAUAAAGACCUUACACAGAUCAAUCUCCAAAUCAUUGGCGGUAAUAUUCCAACACUGAAGCCAUUUAUCCAGCGCAUCUUCCCACAACUCAUAGCUACAUCUCGGCGGCACGACACUGAUGGGCUGAUUCAACUCGACGCUAGGGCGAGCAACGGCAACACAGGUCACAAGGACGGUGCUUUCGAGAGAUGCCUCCUAAAUAGGCCGUCUACGAAUGGCGUGUUGAUAGAAGACGGUAGUCAAGAGAAUAUUGUUGGUGGUAUGGGCAUUUUCAAGACGGUCCAGAUUGGUGUCGAGUAUGAGGAGCAAAGUGGACCGUGCCGAAUAUAA